AUGACUUUGUCCUUUCUUUCCUUCUUGCUUUCUUUCUUCAUUCCUUUCUUUCUUUCUUCUUUUUCUUUUUCGCAUCUUCUUUCUUUCCUUCUUGCUUUCUUUCUUUCUUCAUUCCUUUCUUUCUUUCUUUCUUCUUUCUUUCUUUCUUUCUUUCUUUCUUGCUUUCUUCAUUCCUUUCUUUCUUUCUUUCUUUUUUCUUUUUCGCAUCUUCUUUCUUUCCUUCUUGCUUUCUUUCUUUCUUCAUUCCUUUCUUUCUUUCUUCUUUCUUUCUUUCUUUCUUCAUUCCUUUCUUUCUUUCUUUCUUUUUUCUUUUUCGCAUCUUCUUUCUUUCUUUCUUUCUUCAUUCCUUUCUUUCUUUCUUUCUUCAUUCCUUUCUUUCUUUCUUCAUUCCUUUCUUUCUUUUUUCUUUUUCUUUUUCGCAUCUUCUUUCUUUCUUUCUUUCUUUCUUUCUUUCUUUCUUCAUUCCUUUCUUUCUUGCUUUCUUCAUUCCUUUCUUUCUUUCUUCUUUUUCUUUUUCGCAUCUUCUUUCUUUCCUUCUUUCUUUCUUUCUUUUCUUUCUUCAUUCCUUUCUUUCUUUUUUUUUCUUUCUUUCUUUCUUUUCUUUCUUUUUUUCUUGCUUUCUUCAUUCCUUUUCUUUCUUUCUUUCUUUUUUUUUUUUCGCAUCUUCUUUCUUUCCUUCUUGCUUUCUUUCUUUCUUCAUUCCUUUCUUUCUUUUUUUUUUCUUCAUUCUUUUCUUUUCUUUCUUCAUUCCUUUCUUUCUUUCUUUUUUCUUUUUCGCAUCUUCUUUCUUUCCUUCUUGCUUUCUUUCUUUCUUCAUUCCUUUCUUUCUUUCUUUCUUCUUUCUUUCUUUCUUUCUUUCUUUCUUGCUUUCUUCAUUCCUUUCUUUCUUUCUUUUUCGCAUCUUCUUUCUUUCCUUCUUGCUUUCUUUCUUUCUUCAUUCCUUUCUUUCUUUCUUUCUUCUUUCUUUCUUUCUUUCUUUCUUUCUUUCUUGCUUUCUUCAUUCCUUUCUUUCUUUCUUUCUUUUUCUUUUUCGCAUCUUCUUUCUUUCCUUCUUGCUUUCUUUCUUUCUUCAUUCCUUUCUUUCUUUCUUUCUUCUUUCUUUCUUUCUUUCUUUCUUUCUUGCUUUCUUCAUUCCUUUCUUUCUUUCUUUUUUCUUUUUCGCAUCUUUCACCAUUUGUAUGCCUUAGUUCUUUCUUUCCUUCUUGCUUUCUUUCUUUCUUCAUUCUUUUCUUUCUUUCUUUCUUUCUUUUUCUUUCUUUCUUUCUUUCUUUUUUUUUGCUUUCUUCAUUCCUUUCUUUUUUCUUUUUUUCUUUUUCGCAUCUUCUUUCUUUCCUUCUUGCUUUCUUUCUUUCUUCAUUUCCUUUCUUUCUUUUCUUCUUUCUUUCUUUCUUUCUUUUCUUUCUUUCUUUCUUUUCCUUUCUUUCUUUCUUUCUUUUUCUUUUUUCUUUGAUUUAUAUUUCUUUUCCUAGUUUCACCAUUUUCUUAGUUCUUUCUUUCCUUCUUGCUUUCUUUCUUUCUUUUUCCUUUUCUUUCUUUCUUUCUUCUUUCUUUCUUUCUUUCUUUCUUUCACCAUUUCCUUUCUUUCUUUCUUUCUUUUUUCUUUUCCAUCGUUUUAUUUAUAUUUCUUUUCUUUUCUUUUGUUCUUUUCUUUCUUUCUUCUUUUUCUUUUCUUUCUUCAUUCCUUUCUUUCUUUCUUUCUUUCUUUCUUUCUUUCUUUCUUGCUUUCUUCAUUUCUUUUUUUUUCUUUCUUUUUUUUUUUUUUCGCAUCUUGUUUCUUUCCUUCUUGCUUUCUUUCUUUCUUCAUUCCUUUCUUUCUUUCUUUCUUCUUUCUUUCUUUUUUCUUUUCUUUCUUUCUUGCUUUCUUCAUUCCUUUCUUUCUUUCUUUCUUUUUUUUCUUUUUUCGCAUCUUCUUUCUUUCCUUCUUGCUUUCUUUCUUUCUUCAUUCAUUUCUUUCUUUCUUUCUUCUUUCUUUCUUUCUUUCUUUCUUUUUUGCUUUCUUCAUUCCUUUCUUUCUUUCUUUUUUCUUUUUCGCAUCUUCUUUCUUUCCUUCUUGCUUUCUUUCUUUCUUCAUUCUUUUCUUUCUUUCUUUCUUCUUUCUUUCUUUCUUUCUUUCUUUCUUUCUUUUCUUUCUUUCUUUCUUUCUUUUUUUUUUUUUUCGCAUCGUUGAUUUAUAUUUCUUUUCCUAGUUUCCCAUUUUUUCACCAUUUGUAUGACUUUUCUUUCUUUCCUUUCUUUCUUUCUUUCUUCAUUCCUUUCUUUCUUUCUUUCUUUUCUUUCUUUCUUUCUUUUUUCAUAGAUCUUUCUUGCUUUCUUCAUUCCUUUCUUUCUUUCUUUUCUUUUUUUUUUCGCAUCUUCUUUCUUUCCUUCUUGCUUUCUUUCUUUCUUCAUUCCUUUCUUUCUUUCUUUCUUCUUUCUUUCUUUCUUUCUUUCUUGCUUUCUUCAUUCCUUUCUUUCUUUCUUUCUUUUUUCUUUUUCGCAUCUUCUUUCUUUCCUUCUUGCUUUCUUUCUUUCUUCAUUCCUUUCUUUCUUUCUUCUUUCUUUCUUUCUUUCUUUCUUUCUUUCUUUCUUGCUUUCUUCAUUCCUUUCUUUCUUUCUUUCUUUUUUCUUUUUCGCAUCAAAUAUUACCGCUUGAAUAAUUCCGUUAUUUUCCUUUUCUUUUCUUUCUUUUUUUUUCUUUCUUUCUUUGUUUCUCGCCCUUUCUUUUAUUCUUUCUUUCUUUCUUUCUUUCUUUCUUUCUUUCCUUCUUUCUUUCUUUCUUACCCUUUCUUUCUCUUUUUCUCUCCUUCCUCUUUGCCUUCCUCUCUCUUACUCUCUUACUCUCUUUCGCAUCCUUUAUGUUCUUCAUUCCACUUUCUUUACGCUUCCUCUCUCUUUACAUAUCAUCUUUCUUUAUUCUUUCAUUUCCCUUUUCUCACUCAUUCUUUUUACUACCUCUCUCUCUCUCUCUCUCUCUCUCUCUCUCUCUCUCUCUCUCUCUCUCUUUUUCAUUUUCUUUUUUUUCUUUUCACAAAUAAAUACACAUAUUUAGUCAUUUCUUCAUUUUUUCAUUUAUACCUUCAUUCUUUCAUUCAUUUAAUCUUUCAUUCUUUCAUCCAUUCAUUCUUUCAUUAUUUCAUCCAUUCUUUCAUUUUUUCAUUGAUUAUUUCAUUCGUUCAUUCAUUCAUUCAUUAUUUAAUCCAUUCAUUCUUUCAUUCUUUCAACCAACCUUUCAUUCAUUCAUUCAUUACUUUAUUCGUUCAUUCUUUCAUUCAUUCAUUCUUUCAUUCAUUCAUUCUUUCAUGUUUUCAUUCUUUCUUUCCUAUAUUUAUUCUCUACUCUUAUGUGGCAUUCCUCCUACGAAUCUGUUCUUUCCCUCAUACACAAACACCUACGUACACUUCAAAACAUUGA